GCUCCUGUAAAGUUUUUUAGCAUUCUCUGAUAGAUUUGAGAUUCAUCCAUCAUGCCACAGCAAUUCCAGCAGUUUCAGCUCCCAGAUGGACGCAAUCUGGAUUAUUGUGUGAAUGGUCCCGAGGACGGAAUUCCGCUUGUCUGGCUCCACGGUACACCUAGCGCAGGUAUACCGGCUCCAAAUCUUGUUACUGCCUGCGCAAAGAAAGGCAUAAAGGUUAUUGCGCUGUCAAGACCUGGUUAUGGAGGUUCAUCAAGAAACAAAGGUAGACAGGUUGUUGAUACCGUGGCUGAUAUCAAGUCCCUCCUUAAUCAUCUUGGUGUGAAGAAGUGUCUUGUCGGUGGAUGGAGUGGUGGUGGUCCCCUUACCCUUGCUUGUGCAGCUCGAUUACCCACUUGUCUCGCUGCUGUAUCCUUUGCCGGUGUAGGCCCUUAUGGCGUGGAAGGAUUAGACUGGUGGGUUGGACAAGGCGAAGACAAUGUCGAGGAAUUCUCCCAAGCACUCAAAGGAGAACCUCAACUCCGCCAAUUCUGCGAAUCCCAUCGCAAGGAAUUCCUACAAUCUGAUCUUGACGGCGUCAUGGAAGCAAUGUCCACCCUUCUUCCGCCAUGCGACAAUGCCACUUUGAUCCAGAACAGAGAUACAAUUGGUCAAAACAUGAUUGAUAUGUUGCAAGAAGGCCUUAAACACAAUGCCGACGGCUGGGUUGAUGAUGACUUGGAAUUGCUUAAACCUUGGGGUUUUGAGUUGAGUGAAAUUCGUGUGCCCGUUGUGCUUCUCCAGGGGACCGAGGAUAAAAUGGUGCCUUUUGGACAUGGGAAGUGGUUGGCGGAGCAUUUGCCGCAGGAUAAAGUCAAGGCUCAUCUUCUUGAAGGUCAUGGGCAUAUCUCGAUCUUUGAAGGGAUUGAUAGGAUUAUAGAUGAGCUUAUUGCUGUAGCGAAUCUAUGAGGAUCCCGGGACAUAAGGUAGCCUCGGAAACCGUUGUUGUCUUGGAAAAAAAGAGGUGCCUAGGAAAAUCAAUAUGUACAUUGAAACUCGAAACUCUUAUAUUAUAUACAAAUUCCCAAUCGGAAC